CGCAAUUUUACAUUGUUACGUCACUCGGUGCUUAUGAGGUCGUUCGUUGGUUCGAUAUAAGCCCAGAAAAUACAAACUGCGAUAAUCAGUAAAAAUGGCUUCUCGGGCAGCUGGAAAAGUGGCUCGCAAAGCAAAGGUAGCGGCUGAUUCUAUAGUUCAUUCGCCAUUUUUAAAAAUACUCAUACCAGCACAGCAAGCUCGGCCAGCCCCGCCUUUAGGACCACAGUUAGGUAGACGAAACGUAAAUAUUGCCAAUUUCUGUAAAGAUUUCAACGAAAGAACAAAAGAUGUUGUGGAAGGAACUCCGAUGCCAUGCUAUAUAUCUGUCAAAGCCGAUCGAUCAUAUGACUUAGUCAUAAGUCAUCCAUCAUCUAUGCAUUUACUAAGAAUGGCUGCAGCGGCUAAAAAAGGUGCUUCUUCUCCAGGUACUGAAGUAUGUGGACGUCUUACGCUAAAACAUAUAUAUCACAUUGCUGAACUCAAAAAACAAGAUCCGAACUUAUUAAGGAAGAGUUUGCAAGACAUUUGUAAAAUGUUAAUUGGUACAGCACAUCGUUUGGGUAUUGAGAUUGUAACACAAGAUGAUAUAAAAUCUGGGAAAGUUGAUUACACACCAAGUGGAUAUGCAGAUUUUCUUAAAAAUCGUGAAGAAUAUCUCAAACAGAAAAAACUAGAAAUCGAGACUACAAAACAGAGUAAAAUGAUGAGAUUGUGAUCCAUUAUCUUGUACAUAACAGAAGCAUUGUUACUGAUUUUUCAUAGUUAUGUAAGCACUUGACUUUCAACCGAUUGUUCGCAUAUUUUGUACAGUAUCUAUUUAGUGGGUAGGAUUGCAUCACUAACCCUCACACACCACUAGGUUCAGUUUUACAAAACCUGCAUGUAGUAAAUAAUUUAUGGUUGUUAUAACUAUUGCAUACAUAAGUGUAUUGCGUUUUACUAAAAUAGACACUUCGUACCAAUUAA